AUGUGUGUUUUUGAGAGUGAUAUUGACAUCGGGGAUUACGAAUGUAUAUCUCUGAGGAAUGGAGGAAAUGAUGGACUUGAUCUAAUAAAGGUGUUAGUGCAAAUAGACGGUACAGUGACACACACAAUUGUUCCUGAAGGAGGUGCAGACUAUAUACGUCUGGACACGGAUUAUGUUGACACCAAGGAGUUCUGUACAUCUGGUAUUGUAUCUCCGACUACUCAUACUACAGCUACCCUCACUUUAUCCUCCGUCAUUAUCUCUGAUACUGGUUAUUAUUGGUGCGUCAUUACCUACGAAGAUAUUAAAGCCAUAACCUCCGACAUCAUCAGAGUCUUUAUAGAAGGAGUAAUAACACCCCCGGUCCACACUGUGGGGGACCUAGGAGAAUCUGCGACCUUCACUGCAGUAUUCACUGGACAAACCACCACGUCAGCCCCAACCUGGGCAAAGAAGGCUCUUACCACCGGAGCCUCCUAUGAUGCUAACAUCCCCAGAUCAACAAUAACCCAAGCUUAUGACUCAUCCACCCUCAGCUGGACCUCCAAACUAGUUAUAUCAACUCUGGAAACGGCUGAUGAGGCUGCGUACGCGUGUACGAUAAUCUACGCCAGUUCAAAUCAGAAGACGACAACUGAUGCUGCGCUAUCUGUCUCUCACGCGGCAGUAGAACCCGCGUACGGGUUUGUGGGUAGUUCUUUAACACUGACAGCCAAGAUAACGGCUAAUGAGGAGGCGACCAACAUCGUGUGGUUCAAAAACAGCGCCCAUAUGGCUGAUACGAUAAAUAACGUCUAUGACGUCGGAACAGGAGUCACAACUUCUGAAAUCGUAUUCGGGUCUGCGGUCUCCGCUGGAGACAUCACCAGUACCUACAAGGUCACCGCAGAGCUCAACAUCGCCAGGGUUACCGUUCAGUCCCCUGAGAUAACUCUUAACCAGAUUGCUAUAACUGAGAACCCGACGGGAGGAGAUUACACUGUGGGUGGUCAGGGUACCCUCACCUGCAAGUUCGGACCUUCCACUGUCUCCACAUUUGCUACCCCGACCAUCAAAUGGGUCAGAACCACUGACAACUUCGAAUUCGACGGAACAAUAGAGGACACGUUUGAUAACUCGGUCUACACCUCACUGAUGAAAAUAUUCCCGGCUGCUGUUGGUGACGCGGGGAUCUGGAAGUGCGUUGUGACCCUCCAGGACUUUACUGGAUCUAUUGAGAGUUCUACUGCUACUGUUACUGUAUCAGGAAUAAUCACAUCUCCGACCUCUGACAAUGUCGUACAAGGAGCUCUUGUAACCUUAUCCUGUGUUGCCUCCACCCUGACAGAGCCGACUGUGGUCUGGAAAGAAGGACUUAGCUCCGAAAAUACAGUAACAGCUGGAUCGGGAACCUCCAUAACUAACACUUACUCUGGCACUUCCUUCACCAGCGUGUUGAUAUUUCAAUACACUGUGUCCACUACAGACACUUACGUGUGUGAAGUAACGGAUUCCUCCACCACCUACACAUCUUCAAAAGCCAACUUCAGCCCCCUCGUGAUCACGAGUCAGCCUGCGGCUGUGAUAGCAAAGUCCGGUGACUCCCAAGCAGGUCCUAUUUCUUGCACCGCCUCCGAUCACAGCUCCCUUACUAUUUCCUGGUUUAAGGGAAGUACUGAACUGACGGAUACUAAUAAAUACUCCUUCUCGACCACUUCCGGUGUAGGAGAAAUGACGGUGAUAAACGAUGUGAAUAUAGACGAUGCAGGUGACUACUACUGCAAGGCAGAGUACGCACUGAAUGGGAACUUCAACGGGGGUAGCUUGACCUCUAACUCCGGAACUCUCGAUAUUAUCAGCAUUGUUGACGAACCGUCUAUACUAACAUUAUUAUUCAAUACUGGAAUAUUCAAUACAGCGUACUCUCUUCCUCCGUGUGUUGCAAUUGGGCCCAAAGAGGCUGACACAGCUAUCUGGACUUCCGAUGCAGAUUUGACCGCAACCACUUCCACCAAGACGUAUGAUCCUAACACCAAAAAGACCACGACCACUCUAUCGUGGGCAUCUAUACCGAAUGAUUUGAGUGGCAGUGGAUACAUCUGUACUAUAACAUAUGACGCUAACAGUGUCAUCACAUUCAGGAUGAUGGAACCCACAUCUAAGGGCUUUGUGACCCACCCAACCUCAGUCGUCCAAUCAGGAACUGCAGUUACCUUCACCGCCGUUGUGGACGGCUCCCUGAGUUCCAUAUUGUAUAAAACAAUACUAUGGUACGGUGUUAUUCCGGGGUCCUCAUAUUAUGUCACUUUAAACGAUGUAGAUGGAUACACAGUUACAGUACCGACAGCGGCUUCCCCGACUUCAGAAUUGCGAAUAGACACAGCAAGUGUAACAGCUGAUUUAUACACGGCUUACGUGGCAGGGAUUUAUGUAACUUCAUAUACCAUGGCUUAUUCUACCGAAGCUUAUCUGUAUAAGCGAGAAAUAACAACGUCCCUGUCUGGAAAUACUUAUUCACUCCCGGGGACGGCUUACACCAUUACUUGUACAUAUGAGGGUGACGCCACAGACAGCCUGAAAUGGUACAAGGACGAUGUUGAAUUGGAACAGAAAGCGGGCUGUCUGGUCAGCUCACAGACCAGUUAUUAUCAAAAUCUCGUUCAGGUGUCGAAGUUGUUCUUUGAGUCACCCACAGCUUCGGAUUCUGGAUCUUACAAGUGUAGAGCUAUUACGACCGAUUCUACGGUGACCGUUGAUUCGGCUGCCUUUUACAUUGGCAUCCCACGUUUUAUUCCUCCAAGUACUCUAUACACGACAGUCGGUUCUACUAUAUCAGUGUCCUGUACCCUAGAGCUUGACACUUUGUUGCAAUCCAGCUUCUCCAGCAGCGCGUCCUACUUAGUCAGGGACAGCACUUCGAUCUCCACUCUAAACCUGAUCAGUGGAUCUACAACCAGUACAACCCUGCUGCUAGCAGCAAAUGACGUAUUAUUGAAUUCUGCAAGUUUGUUCUCUCCAGCGGUGUCCUACAAGUGCAAGGGCUACUUCACUGGAAAUAACAUUCCAUUUAAUUCAACGACGUUCGACAUACGCCAACUUCAGAUAACCAAAGCGCCAUCUGACGUGAACACAAUCGCUGGUGUUUCAGUGACCUUCACCUGCUCUGCCUCCAGUCCUACUGAUUACACUGCAGAUAUUAACUUCUACCUCUCAGCCAACCUUAAUACUGCUCUGACCAGUGGGGGAGACUACACAGUCAGCUCGAUAACUACAACUAACUUCAUCGCCACAAAGACCUUGUCACGUACAGCCACCACUGACGAGAGCUUUGUGUGCGCAGUAGAGUACAGCUCACUAGCUGUGGUUGGAGGGAGUAAUAUAGUCACUAGUAGUCCGGCUUCUAUCAACAUACUCGCGAACACUGGUGCCGCCACAGCUACCCCCAACGGGUAUGACGGAGUUGCCCUAACCCUCUCAUGUGCAUUCUCUUAUACCCCCACCUCGAUCACGUGGUCUAAAGACAACAUCCUUGUGGACACUACAGCUAACUCUGGUUACGAAAAAUCCUCUUCCGCACCUAACCACUACCUCAAAAUAGUAUCUCCCCAAACUAGUGACGCAGGUUCCUACACGUGUGUCGCGGACUACGGAACAGCGACCGUUUCUGGAACCGUGACCACUCUAGCAAUCAAAGGGUUCAGCGUGGUACCGACCUACACUAAAGUUGGGGCAGACGCCGCCUUCACCAUGUCCUGUACCAUAUCAGCUGGUCUGGGAACUAGCGGAAAUCUGGAAAUGUACAGAGCUCACCCCUCCUUCAUCUCAGGUUGGUAG